ACAAGAUGCGCCCGAAAGAGUUGGGGCAGGGAUGCGCCGGGCACGGGCCGGGACCCGGGGAUCCCGGAGCAGUCACCCCUUCUCCUCCGUCCGCAGCCAAUCCCGCUCCACAGCCUUCCACCGAGCCUGAACCCGUCCCUGCGCAGGCACCCGAGGCUGGACAGGGAGCAGGAUACGGAUCCAGUUGCGUCUCAGGACCCCCGGAAGGCGCUCGCCGGACCUCCGAGUCUGGAUCCGAGGCAGGAGCCCAGCGCGCGUCUGCAUUCUCGGUCGACCAGGGGAAUGCACAGUCCGUGCUCGACAACUCGGACGUGCCGUGGACUCGCUUUAUAUUCCGAGGGCCUUUUGGUUCCCAAGCCAAUGGCUUGGGGACUGGAAAGGCGGCGGGCAUCUGGAAGACGCCAGCUGCCUGCAUCAGCCGGCGGCCUGAGGUGUCUGGCCCCGAGCGCGCCGCCUUUAUUCGAGAGUUAGAGGAAGCACUGUGUCCCGACCAGCCCCUGCCAGUCAAGAAGAUCACCCAAGAAGAUGUCAAAGUGAUGAUGAAUUUGCUAGAGGAGAGAGAAUGGGACCUGAACACGGCAGCUCGCAUUGGCCGGUCCCUGGUGAAACAGAACAGUGUUCUGACGGAGGAGAACAGCAAGCUGGAAGCCAUGCUGGGCUCGGCCAGGGAGGAGAUUUUACAUCUCAGGCACCAGGUGAGCCUGCGGGAUGACCUCCUCCAGCUUUACUCGGAUUCUGAUGAGGAGGAAGAGGAGGAGGAGGAAGGCGAAGAGGAGGAGGAAGAAGAAGAGGAAGAAGAGGAGAAGGAGGAAGAGGACGAAGAGGAGGAGGAAGACGGGGAGGAAGAAGAAGAGCAGAGCCCUUGCACCCUGACUCCCAUGGCUCCCUCCUCUAGGACCCCUCUGGCAGAGUCAGAGUCGCACUGCUGCCCGCAGCUGGAAGCCCUGCAGGAGCAGCUGAGGCUGCUGGAGGAGGAGAACGAGCAGCUGAGAGAGGAGGCCUCCCAGCUCGACGACCUUGAGGAGGAGGAGCAGAUGCUCAUUCUGGACUGCGUGGAGCAGUUUUCGGAGGCCAGCCAGCAGAUGGCCGAGCUGUCGGAGGUGCUGGCGCUCCGGAUGGAGAACUUUGAGCAGCAGCAGAGGGAGGUCACCCAGCUGCGGGCCCAGGUGGUGAAGCUGCAGCAGUGCUGCUGGUCGUAUGGGGUGGAGACUGAGAAGUUGCAGCAGCAGCUGGCUUCUGAGAAAGAAAUCCAGAUGCAGCUCCAGGAUGAGAGCUUGUGGGCCGGUUCCCAGCUGCAGGACCUUCGGGAGAAGUACUCGGAGUGUGGGGGCAUGCUGAUUGAGGCCCAGGACGAGGUGCGGACACUCCGCCAGCAAGCCCCCGUGUCCACUGGCUCUGUCACCCACUACACAUACACUGUACCUCUGGAGGCGCUUCCUGACUUUCAGGAGACCCUGGCUGAGGAGCUCAGAACGUCUAUAAGGAGGAUUAUCUCAGACCGGGUGUUUUUUAUGGAAAGGAAUUAUGAAGUGACUCCAGAGGAGACAUCAGACCUGGGGUAUGAGCUGCACUACAGUGAGGAGCGAGAGGAGAAGCAGGGCCUCGAGGCCGAGGAGGGGCUGAUGCCGGCCGAGGAGUUCGUGCCUGCGGAGGAGUUGGUGCCCGAGGAGGAGGAGCUGGGGGUCACCGAAGAGGCGGUGCCGGCUGAGGAGGGGGUGUCGGAAGAGGCCGAGCUGGUGUCCGAGGAGGCCGAGGCCUGGGAGGAGGUGGAACUGGAGUUGGAUGAGGCAACGCGGACGAGCACGGUGACCUCGGCCCCGGGGGCCGGUGGCUUUGGCCCCUCACACCUGGACAUGAAGUAUGUCCUCCAGCAGCUGGCCAACUGGCAGGAUGCCCAUUACAGGCAGCAGCUGAGGCAGAAGAUGCUCCAGAAAGGUGAGUGCUCCCAUGGGGGCCUCCCUCCGGCCAGUUGGACAAACUGCAGAUCGUCAAGCAGAUGAAAGGUGAGGGUAGGCGAGCCCCUCAAGUGCUCACUUACCCCAGGCUGGCCCUCCCCAGCGUGCUGAUUUGCAUGGACUUUGCAUAUCAUUUACAUAGGCACCUUGGGUCCCCCUUGGUAGGAACUGUGGCCCCGAUGCUUACUUAUGUGGAAUUUGCAUAGGAUUCUAGAUCUCCGCCCUCUUCUCUCCUGGGGCUGGGCUGGAGGUCAGGGGCUGGGACUGCAGCCCCCCACAGCGCCUCAGCUUCCUGUCUCUGCCCGCCCCAUCCCCAUCCCACCUCCCUCAUCCCCAAGGCUCCCCAACCCUGCAGCAGUGGCAGCAGCAGGCCAACACAAACAUGGGGGGCGGGAUCGCAGAGCAGCAGCCUGGGGUGUCGACCUAGGACUUUUGGAGGCUGGAGGAGGAAAGGGCCAACCACCCUCCCAGGGCCUGGGAGGAAGAGGGGCCUUCUCGGGCCACCCAGGCCAUUGGGACGAAGGCCUCCACCAGCAAGGGCCACCGUUGGACCAGCCCCCUGGGUGAGCCUGAAGGUGGGCUAGGGUCUCCUACAGGAUGAUGGGGGUGGGGUUAGGGUCUCCUCUCCCCAGCUGGAAACCCCAGAGGUUGGGGAGCAGCACCUGCUGAGCGCAGGCCGUGUGCUGGGCCAUGCGAGCCUUCUCUUCAGGGAGCUCCCGGAGAUACCAAAGAUGAGUUAGCGACGGAAUUGUCUCCUCUAAUCCUCGCAUCCCUGUAGGUAGGUAUUAUCCCCAUUUGGUGAGGAAACUGAGGUUCAGAGAGGAACGUUCAAGGUCACUGAGCCUGUUUUCUUGAUGCUUCCCCGACUCAUCUCUCCCCUCUCACCCUGUCCUGGGUCAGCCAUGAAGUUUAUAACCUGUUGGCAGCCUCACCGUUACAUCUGGCCUGCCCUGCCUCUGAUGGCCCUUUGGUCCCUGCUGGGUGGCCUCCUCAGGGUCGCCAUGUAAGGUUGUACAGGUUGAAAACGGUACAGGGACCUCUGCGGCCGGGCAGUGGACCACCUGCGUGACUGCCAGUGGUGGCUGUCUCUGUCCGAUACAGCUGACCAGGCCCAGCUCCUGCCUGCUGCCCAGGCCAGGUCUCUGGUCCUCAGACUCCCAGUUCACAUCCGCCCCCUUCUCUUCCAGGCUUUGCUGUUUCCCAGCAGCCUGCAGAGGCCCCACAGACAGCCUGAGGGCCCUCCUUCCGCAGCCAGGCCAAGCACCCCCCCCCCAGCCCCCGCCGCGCUCCCCAGACCCUCUUUCCCAGGCUCCAAAACAGGACCCCCGGUCUGUCACCAGCCUACCAGCCUACCUUCUGUCCUGAUGAACCGGGGCCAGAACUUGGGGCCUCGACCUCUUCUGGGACAGGCUGAAGGAACCCCGACCCUCGUCCUGCGGCUGGUGCAGGAGCUGUGGCUGCUGGGCCUGGAUCACAUGGUGGCCCAGAGGGCGUAAGAAGCCCCGGGGGAGGCCCACCAGCUACCAGACCCAGCUCUGAGCUGGAGGUGGGGCUGGCCCUGGGUGUAGGAAACUGUUCUGAGCUCACAAGGUGCCCCCUAAUUAAAGUCCUUGCUGACUCUUAGGGACCUGGUCGUCUUCUCUCAGUCUUGGCCCUUUCUCCUCAGUGCUUCACUAUCAGCGUUUGUAACUGGAAGGGUCUCUGCGUGGGUGAGGGAGGAGUCCC